CUUGAUCCCACCUCUGACGCAAUUCUCUCACUUUUUUCUCCCCUUCCUCAAACCCACUUCUCUAAGCAAACUCUCUCUCUCUCUCUUUUUUCUCCCCUUCUUCAAACCCACUUCUCUAAGCAAACUCUCUCUCUCUCUCUCUCUCUCUCUCUCUCUCUCUUUCUCGCUCUCGGAAACGAGGAAGAGAAAAAGGACCUAUUUAACAAGCUUAGACAGCAAGCAGUCAACGGGAAGUCAAGCCCUUUUCAACUACGGGCCGCGAUCGCCGCCAUGGAGGGCGGCCACAAUGGGGACUCUCCAGUUCAGUUGCUUGCUGAGCAGAUUUCAACCCUCUCGGUCGGUUGCGAUGAAGGAUCAAGCGGCGCAGAGCAAAAGCAAGAGAAAGACCCCAGAAAAAUUGCCAGAAAGUAUCAGAUGGAUUUAUGCAAGAAAGCUUUGGGGGAGAAUGUUAUUGUGUAUUUAGAAACAGGUUGCGGAAAGACUCACAUUGCUGUCUUGCUUAUGUAUGAGAUGCGUAACUUGAUAAAGAAACCCCAGAAGAAUAUUUGUGUGUUUCUUGCUCCUACAGUUGCACUGGUUGAGCAGCAAGCAAAAGUUAUUGAAGACUCUUCUGAUUUUAAAGUUGGGAUGUAUUGUGGAAGUUCUAAACGUUUGAAGAGACAUCAUGAGUGGGAAAAAGAGAUGGAAAAAUAUGAGGUUUUUGUUAUGACCCCUCAAAUACUAUUAGGGAAACUAUGCCACUGUUUCAUAAGCAUUGAGUUAAUAGCACUCCUCAUAUUUGAUGAGUGCCACUAUGCACAAUUUGACAGCGAUCAUCCUUAUGCAGAAAUAAUGAAAGUCUUCUACAAAAAUACUGUUGCGAAGCUUCCCCGUGUAUUUGGCAUGACUGCAUCUCCAAAGUUCGGGAAAGGUGCUUCCAUCAGUAGUCUUGAAAGCUUACUUCAUGCUAAGGUUUAUUCUGUUGAGGACAAGGAAGAGCUGGAACAAUUUGUGCAUUCCCCCCAACUUCGUAUAUAUUACUAUGGUUCGGCUGUGAAGAGCUCAGAUUGCCCCCAUAUGACUUGCUAUAGGAAUCUUGAGGAGAUAAAACACCAGUGUGUGUCAACACUAAGUACGAAGACUGAUGACCAUAGUAGUCGUAAGAGCUCCAAGAAGAUGCUCCGGAGACUACAUGAAAAUAUAGUAUUUUGUCUCGAAAAUCUUGGCCUUUGGGGAGCAUUUCGGGCUUGUCGCAUUCAGCGGGGUGACGGCUCUGAAAGGCAUGAAUUGAUGGAUGCAGAAUUGAACGGAGGUGACGAUGUUUUACGUAAGAGAUAUCUUACUGAAGCUGCUUCGGUAUUUGCUUGUGAUGGUAUUAAAGAUGGCAUUGAAGCUGAUUUAUCCUCGAUGGAGGUUUUAAAGGAGCCACUUUUCUCAAGAAAGCUGUUACUGCUUAUUGAAAUUCUUUCAACAUUUAGGUUACAACCAAAUAUGAAAUGUAUUAUUUUUGUGAGUCGGAUCGUAAUUGCGAGAUCCUUGGCGUACAUUCUUCAGACCCUUGAUAUUCUUUCAUCUUGGAAGUGUGGUUUCCUUGUAGGAGUACAUUCUGGGUUGAAGAGCAUGUCACGGAAAAAUAUGAAUAUCAUUUUGGAAAAGUUCAGGUCUGGUGAGCUGAACUUAUUAGUUGCUACUAAAGUGGGUGAGGAAGGACUUGAUAUACAAACAUGUUGCCUUGUCAUACGAUUCGAUCUUCCCGAAACUGUUGCUAGUUUCAUACAAUCAAGAGGUCGUGCACGCAUGCCACAAUCUCAAUAUGCAUUUUUGGUUGACAGGGGCAACGAGAGGGAAAUGAAUCUAAUACAAAGUUUCCAAAAGGAUGAAGAUAAAAUGAAUGUUGAAAUUGCAUCCAGAACAUCUGGUGCACCAUCUGUGGAUUUGGAGGAAAGAACCUACAAAGUAGCUUCAACCGGUGCCACUAUCAGUUCUGGAUAUAGUGUCUCGUUACUUCACCAUUACUGUUCUAAACUUCCACAUGAUGAAUAUUACAACCCGAAGCCGGAAUUCUCCUUCUUUGAUGAUGCAAAGGGAACAAUUUGCAGCAUAAUUCUCCCUAGUAAUGCACCAAUUCGCGAAAUUGCCAGUUUGCCACAACCUUCAACAGAAUCAGCCAAGAAAGAUGCCUGUUUGGAAGCAUGUAAAGCAUUGCAUGAAUUGGGUUCCUUGACUGACUUUCUCUUGCCUGAUCAAGAUGAUGGGAAUGAGGAAUUUGAGGAUGAUUCUGAUUCAGAUAGCUUUGAUGGUGAAGCUUCUAGAGGAGAACUGCAUGAGAUGCUUGUUCCUGCUGCACUUAAAGAACCAUGGACUGAGUUGGAAAAUUUCGUUUGUCUCCAAUAUUAUUUUGUAAAGUUCAGUCCGCAUCCAGCGGAUAGGCUUUAUAAAACUUUUGGUCUUUUUGUGAAAGCAGCUCUCCCAAGCGAGGCUGAGGGAAUGGUACUUGAUCUGUUUUUGGCUCGCGGCAGAUCAGUCAAGAUGGAACUUGUCAAAUCAGGAGUAAUGAAAUUUGAUAACGAUGAGAUUGUGCAGGCACAAAAUUUUCAAGAGAUGUCCCUGAAGGCCAUCCUUGACCGAUCCCAGCUCAUUCCAGAGUUUGUUUCUUUGGCAUCAAAUGGUUUUAGUGACUCAAGCUCAUCAACUUUCUACCUGUUGCUACCUGUCAUUCGGCAUGAGAAUGAGAACACAAUGGCUGUAGAUUGGAAGCUUGUGAAACGAUGUUUAUCAUCACCUAUUUUCAGGAGCAGAGGGGACGCUAAAGUCAAUGCCAUCCCUUGUUUGAACUAUCACUUAGAACUUGCUAAUGGACCCCACAGGAUAAAUGAUGUCAAGAAUAGUUUGGUGUAUGCCCCAUGUAAGGAUACGUUUUUCUUUAUCUCUAAUGUUGUUCCAGAGAAGAAUGCAUACGACUCGUUCAAGGAUUCAACAAAUCAUGUAGAGCACUAUUUUAAAACGUUUGGCAUUCAGCUUUCAUACCCUGAUCAACCUCUUUUAAAAGCAAAGCAACUUUUUUGUUUGGAGAAUUUGCUGCGGAAGGGGGGGAAUACAGAAUCACGUGAAAAAGAGGAACAUUUUGUCGAAUUACCUCCUGAGAUUUGUCAGUUGAAGAUAAUCGGCUUUUCGAAAGAUAUUGGAAGUUCCCUGUCUUUGUUACCAUCAUUUAUGCAUCGUCUGGAAAGCUUGCUUGUAGCAAUUGAACUGAAGGACAGGUUACGUUCUUCAUUCCCGGAGGGUAAUGACAUUAGUGCCUCUCGUGUUCUUGAAGCACUCACAACAGAGAAAUGCAAUGAGCGGUUUUCUCUUGAAAGACUUGAAGUGCUUGGCGAUGCUUUCCUUAAAUUUGCAGUUGGAAGGCACCUCUUUCUUUUGCAUGACAAGCUAGAUGAAGGUCAACUAACGAGGAAGCGUUCUAACCUUGUCAAUAACUCCAAUUUAUGCAAGCUAGCAAAAAAGAGCAAACUACAGGUAUAUAUACGUGAUCAAUCAUUUGAUCCCCGCCAAUUUUUCGCCCUGGGCCACCCUUGUUCUGUACCAUGCAGUCAGGAAACAGCAAGUAUUGUACAUUCUCAUGAAAAUUAUUUGAAAAAUGGUUCCAACAUUGAGGUUAGAUGCAACAGAAGCCAUCAUUGGUUGCAUAAGAAAACCAUUGCUGAUGUAGUUGAAGCUCUUGUUGGAGCAUUCAUAGUUGACAGUGGCUUCAAGGCAGCAGCUGCAUUUCUUAAAUGGGUUGGAAUACAAGUAGACUUUGAGGCCUCACAAGUUAGUGAUAUUUGCUCUGCAAGCACAAUCUUCAAGCCACUUUCUGGUCAAGUGGAUAUUACAGCCCUUGAAAAUUUGUUAGGUUACCAGUUCCUCCAUAAAGGUUUGCUUGUACAGGCUUUUGUUCAUCCUUCUUACAACCACCCAUGGGGAGGCUGCUACCAGAGGCUGGAGUUUCUUGGAGAUGCCGUACUGGAUUACUUAAUCACAUCCUAUUUGUACUCAGUGUAUCCAAAACUAAAGCCCGGACAGUUAACCGAUUUGAGAUCGUUGUCCGUGUGCAAUAGUUCCUUUGCCAAUAUUGCGGUGCAUCGGUCAUUUCACGAAUUUAUACUAUGUGAUUCAAGUGGCCUCUCUGCUUCCAUGAGUAAAUAUGUUGACUUUGUUAGAACAACAGCUUCAGCGAAUGGUCUUGCUCAAGGGCCAAGUUGCCCCAAGGCUCUAGGAGACCUGGUAGAAUCUUGUGUCGGUGCCAUUUUCCUUGACACGGGUUUCGACCUGAAUCGUGUUUGGAAGAUAAUGCUCUCUUUCAUGGAUCGAGUUAUGAGCUUUUCCAAGUUUCAACUAAGUCCUGUACGGGAGCUUCAAGAACUUUGCCAGUUCUAUAAGUGGGAACAGGAAUUCCCCUCAUCCAAAAAGGAUGGGAUGUUCUUAGUUGAAGCUAAAGUGAAAGGUGAAAAUGUUUCUGCAUAUGCUUCUGCUACCAAUAUCAAUAGAAAAGCUGCCGAAAGAAUGGCUGCACAAAAUUUAUACGUAAAGUUGAAGGAUCAAGGUUACAAACUCAAAUCUAAAUCACUGGAGGAUGUUCUCAAGUCAAGCAGAAAAAUGGAAGCCAAACUAAUAGGAUAUGAUGAAGCACCAAUAGAUGUCACUGCUCCAGAUGCUAUCCCAUGGGAUAAAUUGAAGUUGAAGGAACCUUCUAGAAGUCGAUCUAACCAGAAAGUGUACCCCAUUAGUGAUGAGGCAAAGAAGAUUAUUUUCUCCCCCAGAAUGGGAUCCAUUAUAGAGCCCCAGCCGCCUUCACUGGAAGCACGGGGGCCACUAUCUACUGCAAGCCGCGGAAAUAAUCUCUUAGGUGGUUCAUCCAAGAAAUCAGUAAGGUCGCAUUUGUACGAAAUUUGUGCUGUUAACUGCUGGAAGCCUCCGUAUUUUGAAUGUUGCAAAGAGACGGGACCCUGCCACUUGAAAGAAUUCACUUUCAAGGUGUCUGUGGACAUUGAAGAAGCCUCGAAUGAGAUUGUGGCAUUCGGAGCACCUCAUGCAAAAAAGAAAGACGCAGCUGAGAAUGCAGCUGAAGGGGCAAUUUGGUACCUGAAGAAUGCCGGAUACUUGCGCGAGUAAAAUUGAGUUUAAUCUAACUUAUUUCUGAGUGCGAGCAAAAAGAUGUUUGCCCUUGCAUAGGUUGACAUGGUGUAGUAGGUAAUAACCCUUACAGAGAAGAGUUUGAACCCAAGUUUAUGUACUUAAGUGACGUAUAUGUCAACUGUGAACAAUCCUGUGCCUGUGGCAUGGGGUGUAAGAGGUACAGGCCAUGAUCUUUCCUUUUCUUUUGCUUUUAUGGUAAGGUCAGUGGCUGGGGAGGGAGGCGACUGGCGUAGCUACCUCCCUUGGGCAACCCGUGUGGGCUGUUAUGAUGUAUAUGAAUUUGUUGAUGUAUGAAUGUAUGUAUGAUUAAUCGAUUCGACAAUCCACUGAAUCACUGGAGUGGAGUAUUAGUUGAGAUUCA